AUGCGCGUCCGCCGGGGGCUGCUGCGGCUGCCGCGCCGCUCGCUGCUCGCCGCGCUCUUCUUCUUCUCGCUCUCGUCCUCGCUGCUCUACUUCGUCUAUGUGGCGCCCGGCAUAGUGAACACCUACCUCUUCAUGAUGCAAGCUCAAGGCAUUCUGAUCCGGGACAACAUGAGAACUAUUGGCGCUCAGGUUUAUGAGCAGGUGGUUCGCAGUGCUUAUGCGAAGAGGAAUAGCAGUGUGAAUGACUCAGAUUACCCUCUUGACUUGAACCACAGUGAAACCUUCCUACAAACCACAACGUUUCUUCCUGAAGACUUCACCUACUUUGCAAACCAUACCUGCCCCGAGAGGCUCCCUUCCAUGAAGGGCCCAAUAGACAUAAACAUGAGUGAAAUCGCAAUGGAUGACAUCCAUGAAAUCUUCUCUAAAGACCCAGCCAUCAAGCUCGGAGGUCACUGGAAGCCUUCAGAUUGCCUGCCUCGAUGGAAGGUGGCAAUCCUCAUCCCUUUCCGGAACCGCCACGAGCACCUCCCAGUCCUGCUCAGACACCUGAUUCCCAUGCUUCAGCGCCAGCGCCUGCGAUUUGCAUUUUAUGUGGUUGAGCAAGUUGGCACCCAACCUUUUAAUCGAGCCAUGCUUUUCAACGUCGGUUUUCAAGAAGCAAUGAAGGAUUUGGACUGGGACUGUCUUAUUUUUCAUGAUGUGGAUCAUAUACCAGAAAGCGAUCGGAACUACUAUGGGUGUGGGCAGAUGCCAAGGCACUUUGCAACGAAGUUGGACAAGUAUAUGUAUCUGCUUCCUUACACUGAGUUCUUUGGUGGAGUGAGCGGCUUAACAGUGGAACAGUUUCGGAAGAUCAAUGGCUUUCCAAACGCUUUCUGGGGUUGGGGUGGAGAAGAUGACGACCUGUGGAACAGAGUACAGAAUGCAGGCUACUCUGUGAGCCGGCCAGAAGGUGACACGGGGAAGUACAAGUCUAUUCCUCAUCACCAUCGAGGAGAAGUCCAGUUUCUUGGAAGGUAUGCUCUGCUGCGGAAGUCCAAAGAACGACAAGGGCUGGACGGCCUCAACAACUUGAACUACUUUGCAAACAUCACAUACGACGCCUUGUAUAAAAACAUUACUGUCAACUUGACACCCGAGCUGGCUCAGGUGACCGAGUACUGAGAUGAGGAGAGAACAUGUGUUUGCUUUACCCACCACCACCAAGAAAGCAACCUGGGGAGUGAGGUCUUGGGGCUCCACCCAGGAAGAGAAUAGAAAUACAGUGUCUGAUGAAGGAUCACAGGGUUUGAGGAGAAAAUGUGAACAGUAUACACGCACAAAACGCCUUCACUGUGGAUGGGGAGCUUCCUUCAUCAGGACUGGCUUUCUAUUUUCACAAGACGGAUGUCUGUCCUGCUGCUCUCCUCCCCCCGGUCGCCUACCCCAGCGUCCCGUCUCAGCCAGGAUCUCCAGACCCGGAACUGAGCUCUGCUGUGGUCCUGGCGCCGAGCCUGUUCCUACGAAUGGCCUUUGAAGCUUCUUGGCCUUCAGAGCAAAGAGGCAACCCCACCACAGGGCAGCUGCGUUUUAGGAAGAGCAAAUGAAACUCCACACACCAUUCUUCUCCAUCUCUGGUGUUCUCUUUGGUUUCAUUUUCUUUCUUUCUUUCUUUCUUUCUUCUUUCUUUCUUUCUUUCUUUCUUUCUUUCUUUCUUUCUUUCUUUCUUUCUUUCUUUACCUGCUUUGGGUGGGGAUGGAGGGUGGGGGGAGGGAUUGGGGAAGAUAAAUAGACCUAUAAUAAUCACUUCUUGAAGAAGUAUAAUUGUAAAUAAGCCAUGUAAAAUGCCUUUUUUAAAUUUAAUUUUAUAGCUGGCUCCAAUUCAAACCGAGGAUUUAUAUAUUAGAUCACUUAUUUGGUUGGCAAAUGCGGAACUCAGUUAAAAUGCAGUGGAGGGCUAUCACCUCCCAAAUUGCUAUCGCUUUGGAAGGGAGUGGACGUAGGGCAUGUCGCAAACAGAUCGAGACAGUCCAGCCUAUCACUGGUAGCUCACUCCUGCCCCCUCCCAUCCUCCUCUUCCAGAAGUCUUGCUCUUGACUUUUGCUGUGGACUCUCUUCCCAGUUGGGCAUGUACAGUCUCAUCCCCGUCUUCUGCUAAACAGGAGCCCUCCUGCUCAAAGCGGACCCUUUGGGGGGCCUCUGUGUCCACACACCCCUGGAUCUCUGAACUUUGUUCUUUGUUCUUUCAUCACUGAGAGUGGUGGGGUAGGGUGGGUGGGUCAGUUUUCUGCCUCUUUUUUAUUUUAUUUUGCUCUUUUGGAACUUGGCCACAAUUCCUGAAAUCUGUGCCUAAAUUAUCAGCUAGCUUCAGUGAUUCCUCUGAAUAUUUCCCUUUUCAGUUUCUGGAAAGAUUCUUUGUCAACAUUAUGAACCAGUUCCUAGAACUAAGGAGCAGUGGACUGAAGAAGCCAGGGAGCAAGUGACAUUUGUGUGCUGUGGGUCAGCUGGGGGCCAGGGUAGACCCAUCUGAGUUUUGCAGGUGGACAGACAAUGCCAGGACCCAAGCCUGUGUGCUGGGUUCACACCCCAUGCACUUCUUGAAGUUAGAUUCUGAAUUGCCCUUGAAGUUGUGCCUCUGUUUCUCCCUGAGCCAAAUCCCUCGAUUCUGGUCCCUCUUGCCUUCUGCAGGAUUCUGAAAAAUGCCAGUCUUUUCCUCUCCUUUUCCAUAAAACAUAUUUAUAUAUUGUGAUUAGGAGUACUUUCUGAAAAGUACUUCAUAUUUUUUUUAAUUGCCUUGUUUGCCUUCAACUUCCUUAAUUUUCAUGGUUUACAUGGAUGUGUGUGUAGGGGAGUGUAUUUGUGUAGAUAUGUGUGGGUUGGGGUUUUCUCCGUUGCAUGUGUCGCUUCCAUGGACAUAUGAUCCCCACAAGCUGUGGGAGUGAUUGGCCAGGCCUUGUUUUUUGUUCGUGCUUUUGUUCUUUUGAAGAAUAGAGUGGUAUUUUAGAAAAGCAACUGCAUUACAAAGCUCUUAUCGGCUCAUAUGAGAGAGCAGGCUGCUGCCCUUGAAAAUGCUGGUAAGUUGUAUCAUAUGUUUUAAAAGAAUGUUGAGCAUCUCAUGCUUUAAAAGACCUUCACAACAGAACAUUACACACAGGAGCUCACUUGGUUUUCCUUUGAAGUCUGGUGCCCAGAGCAAUAAAGAUUUCUUUCUCCCUUUUCUCCUGCCUCCCCCUAGGCCGGUGUGCUGGUCUUGACUCUCCUCAUCCUUUUCCUUCUCCUGUCCUCUCUCAUCACUGAAGGCUGUGAGCCACUUUCAGGGUGAUACAGCCAUGAUGUCAUUUGGAAGAAUUUGCUAGGUUGGGCCAGUCCUUAGUUAAAGAUGAUAUGUGUGUACACAGCAGUGUUGUAAAAUGGUCCCAUGCAAAGCUUUUCACAAACGUAUUUACCCACCAAGAACAAAACAUUGGCAAAAGGCUCAACACUUGAUCUUAAAAAGAAAAUGCUUGAUUGGAGGAUAAAAGGAAAGGUGUCUUUUCACUGCUUGAAGUAAGGUCACUGAAAUUAUUUUGCGAUCAUGUGUGAGUUUGUUUUAUUAGUGUGAAAUCUCUUACUGCACACCGCUUAGUCAUUUACCCACCAGGUCGAGGAUCAUGUGGGAAACAAAAGUUAAGAACAUACAGCCAGGCCCGUGAGCUAUUAAUGGUGUGAGAUUCUCAAGUUAAAAAAAAGAAAAAAAAAAAAGAACAAUAAGAACCAAAUGUGACCUUGUGCAUAUUUUGGCAGCUGAAAUUCUUUUAAGGCUACUGAUGGGUGACCCCUUAAAUCAGUCUGGUCUUAGCUGCUUGCAGGGAAAUGUUUCUCCUUUCAUGCUGUUUUGCUGGGUGAAGAGUUAUUGCAAAAAUAUUCCUUUUGACAUUACAGGGAUUCUUGUUGGAGCUCCUCUACCACAGAAGUUAAUAAUUGAGCAACAGCCACAAGUAUUGAUUGUGUCCACUCACCGUUGACAAUGGCAUUGAAGGUAGCUAGCUUCCUUCCAUCACUACGUUUUUUUUGAGCUUGCUCUUAUGUUUUAAGAGGUGCCAGGGGUACGUUUUUGCACUGAAAUCUAAAGAUGUUUUAAAAACACUUUUCACAAAAAUAGUCCUUUGUCAUUACAUUAUUUACUCAUGUGUUUGUACAUUUUUGUAUGUUAAUUUAUGAAUGAUUUUUUCAGUAAAAAAUACAUACUCAAGAACCAAA